UCGUAUAUAUACAUAUACACGUUUUAUUAAAUGAAUGGCUCGAAGAAUUCUAAACCAUAAAAUUAUAGAGCAAUGUGUAUCAGCACACGUAUACAAUGUAUUUACGUAUCCUUUAUAGUAGUUUAAGAUGCAUAAAUUAUGAUUUUAAUUAAUUUAAAUGAAUUCCAUCAGUCGAAAAUGGUUGGCACUUCUGCAGAGAUUUUCGCGAGAUGAUGUAGUUUAAUUUUAUUGUAUAAAAAAUUAUGGUAUUAAUCAGAUAUCAUGGAUCAUCGAUAAAAUUGUACAGGGAUUAACACAGAGAACAAGUGUAAACAAUAGAAGAAUUUUGUUUUUCCUUUUUUUUAAUGUCCUAGUGUGUUUCUAAAAACAAAUUUACAUGUUGUUUACAUUUUAUAUACAUAUGUGUGAUCUGUAGCUAAAUGGUGAUUCAGUAAGGCAUCUUUGUUUCAGAAUUGACCAGAAAGGAAGAUAAGCACUGUAAGGCUUGGGUGUAAACAUUUAUCACCUCGAAAAUGUAUAUGGAAUUAGUGAGGCACAAUGUGGCGUGUUGCAACGACCAAUAUUUUUGUUAUAUAUGCAGGACUAAGAUGUCCAAUUCAAAAGAUGCCUGGAAUCACAUUAACGGUAAUAUUCAUUGGAGAAGAGAGUUCCAUGAGAAAUUUCAUGUCUCGUUAGAGACCAUGACUAACAGAAAGAAGACGUUGAUGCUGAAACUGUCAAAGCGCAAUGGCACGAUAGUUACGAGCUACAGUUAUUUCUGCAUUAUUUGCCAAGAGAACAUUUUAGACGUAAUGAGCAUUUUGAUGCAUAUUCAAAGUCCCUCUCAUAACGAGAAUGUAAAGAGUCGAAAGAACGAUGACUACGUCGCGGUGAUGAGUGACAUGAAGACAGAACUGAAGAGGAGAACAGAGGAGAUUGACAUACAACCAGUAUUAGAUGCAAAUCCGAAUUAUAAAAAAGCCGCCCAAGGACUUUAUAAAUGUAUAUAUGUUGAACUUUUUAAGAGACUGCACAGUCAUUCAGACGAGAUAUUCAAGAUUUUUGUAUCUAAUGGUAUAAUUAUAUUUGAUUCUUAUGAUAUAAAAUGCCCAUUUUGUAGCUGCUUGAUUGAUUUCGAGCUUGCUUUAAAACAUAUAAAGGAGCAUGAGAGUCAAGAGGCGUUAACAGUUACACCGUCUAACGAUGAUACAUUGCCACUCUUUAAGUUUGAACCAGAACGAUGUACGAAGCUGAAUGAAAAUAUAGUUCCUGAUACAAACGAAGAAGGAAUUAAUGAAACGAAGGAAAUAGGCAUAGCUGAAACACUCUCUGAAGAACAGAUCAUAGCUACAGUUUCAAAUAGUGGAAAACGAGGUAAAUCUAAAUUUAAAUGUACAUUCUGCGGCUCCGAGAAAUGUUAUUACGAUUGUUCAGAGGAGUUUGUACGAACAUUGGCCGCGAAUGAAAUUCGUAUUACCAACCGCGGCAAUUUUAAAUGCAAAUUAUGCAAAUGCCGUAGAUUAAAGGGAGUGUCCAAUAUUUUAGAUCAUAUAAAGUCUAUGUCUCAUAAACAAUUGAAAAAUAAUAAAUUUAAAGAAAGUUUAAAUAAAGAACUUGUUAUCGAUUGCCCUAAUGUUACAAUGAAGGUAAAUAUGAAUCAGACCAGUAACUUAAACGGCAAUAGUUGUGAUGUAAAUCAAGAUGUAGUUCCCACAAUGAUUAAUUCAGGCGAAACAGUGUCUAUCGAAGUUGAUACUAGCGGAAAAAAGAAUAAUAAACCGUUAAAUGCAAAUAAGAGCAAUACGGCUGCCCGGAAUAAUACACAAGGCUGUAAGAAGAAAUCCAAAAUGAAUUCAUCCGGUGCUGCUGUUACUAAACUAACAAAAGGAAUUGAUAAGACACCUAUCAAUGAUGAGAAUAAUUCGGUUGGCUCUCUUAUAACAAAAGACAUUAACCAAAUGUUAAAUACAAAUGAGAACGCGACCACUGCCCAGAAUAAUACACAAGCAUGUAAAAAGAAAUUUAGAAAGAAUUCAUCCGGUGCUGCUGUUACUAAAGUAACAAAAGGAAUUGAUAAGACACCUAUCAAUGAUGAGAAUAAUUCGGUUGGCUCUCUUAUAACAAAAGACAUUAACCAAAUGUUAAAUACAAAUGAGAACGCGACCACUGCCCAGAAUAAUACACGAGCAUGUAAAAAGAAAUUUAGAAAGAAUUCAUCCGGUGCUGCUGUUACUAAAGUAACAAAAGGAAUUGAUAAGAUAUCUAUCAAUGAUGAGAAUAAUUCGAUUGGCUCUCUUAUAACAAAAGACAUAAACCAACAAAUGUUAAAUACAAAUGAGAGCGCCACCGCUGCCUGGAAAAAUACACAAGCAUGUAAAAAGAAAUCUAAAAAGAACUCAUACGGUGCUGAUAUUAGUAAAAUAACAGAAGAAAUUAAUAAGAUAUCUAUGAAUGAUGAGAAUAAUUCGAUUGGAUCUCUUAUAACAAAAGACAUAAACCAACAAAUGUUAAAUGCAAAUGAGAGUGCCACUGCUGCUCAAAAAAAUGUACGAGCAUGUGAAAAUAAAUCUGAAAAGAAUUCAUCCGGUGCUAAUAUUACUGAAAUAACAGAAGAAAUUGAUAAAAUAUCUGUCAAUAAUGAAAAUAAAUCGAUUGAGUCUCUUAUAACAAAAGAUAUAAAACAACAUAUAACAAAGUUUUUGAAUAUUCCACCGAAACGGCAAACACCAGAGGAAGAGAAUGUAAGGACAACAACUUUGACAGAAGACUUGAACAGGCCAUACCCAUUAAAAUAUUUAGAAAUCGAAGAAGCCAUGUAUAAUAUUCAAGGGCAAUUGAAUAGUAUACAAAAAAGUCUAAGAUUCAUUGUGCCCUAUAGUGUCCUCUCAAAAAAUUUCUACUGCUUGCUCUGUAAUGACCCAGUGUCAAAGGAAAUCGCUACGUUGUAUGAGCACGUGUGUCUUGAAAAGCAUGAAAUGCAGGUAAAUAAAAUAAUGGAGGAUAGUGAAUCCGAGAAGCUGUCGCAGCAAUAUAUGAAAGAAAAUGAAAAUGUAGUAAGGUGUUUCACUUGCAACAUGCACCAAGUCGUCGAUACUGAUAAACAUAUCAAGACCAAUAAUCACCAGAUGAACCAUAAAAAGUUUGUCAAAGCUACUAACGAAUUGUUUACUUAUGUAUCACAAGCUCUAUGCGAUAUGUGGUACAGCAUUCAACAAUUCGGUUGCGCUUUAUGUAAAACAAGUUUUAAAUAUAAACUGGAUUUUUUACAACACAUUAUUGAAAUGCACAAAAACGUAUCUUUAAAAGAUAUGGUGUUCGAUUUCUGCAUACCAUGUACAACGUUGUGGCUGUCUAUUAAGAACUCGUAUGCAGAACAUUGCAAGGGUAAAAUACAUAAAUAUUUAGUUAAGAAACAAGAUUUUAUGGUUGGGGAUCUUCCCGAAAGUAUAGAAAACAUUUUACAACACGUUGACGAUAUUUCUGAUACCUUACUUCAAUACACGCAAGUUUCAUUAAACGACAAUGUACAGGAUGAAAUACUCGAAUCUUUGGAAAAUAGCUUAAGAGCUAUUUUUCCAAAUGUCAAAGCAUAUGUGUUUGGCUCGAGAGUUGCUGGACUCGCAACUGCAAAUAGCGAUGUAGAUAUAUAUGUCGAUUGUGGAAACAUGUAUAAUCAAGAUAUAGUUGACUGUUUGAGAAAAGAUCAUUUGACACAGAUUAAGCAAGUUUUAUCGGAAGACAGAGAAGAAUGGUGGAUAAAGGAAAUACUGACGAGAACGAGAAUUCCACUGAUAAAGUUAGUACACAAACAAACAGGUUUAAACUGUGAUAUUUCUAGUGUGAACGGCCUUAGUGUUGAGAAAACUAAACUUCUAAGGGCUCUAAAUGAUUCCUAUCUACCCUGUAGAAAAUUAAUAUUAUUUGUUAAAAAAUGGUUUUAUUAUUUUGAUUUACCUCCAAGGUAUGGCAUAAUAAGUUACGGUCUAACUUGGCUCGUUAUGUUCUAUCUACAAACAGAAUCGUACUUGCCAAGUGUUGCUUCUUUACUGAAAGAAGGAAAGCAGCAGGCCAAAGGUAGUAAUAAAAAACCUACAGUUAUAUCAGGAUGGGAUGUUGACGUUGCACAACCAAAAGAUAAUAAUAAUGAUAAUUCUAAGCGAUCUACUUCUACGUUGCUAAUGGGUUUCUUUCAAUUUUACGCAGAGUUUGAUUAUCGGCGUAACGUUGUUUGCCCGCUUAUGGGUCAUCCUGUACUCAAAACAGCCUUUUCAGAAGUAGAUUUACCUGACGAAAUGGGAUCAUAUAUUUGGCAAUUACGAAUGUCGAAGACUCCGAAAUAUUUUCGUAUAGAUUCUCCAUUGUGCGUACAAGAUCCGUUCGAGUUGAGCGAGAAUAUGACGAAAGGUGUAUCGGCUAUUACUUUAAAUUACUUCAGACAAUAUUGCCGUAAGAGUGCAGUUAUGUUAGAAUCGUUGUCAAAAUAAUUUUUUACUCUGCUGCGUACUGCAACUUUAAUCGAAGUAAUUGCGACAUAUUUUUAAUAAGGAAAUAGAAAACUGAUGAACUAUUAUUGAGUGUAACAGAACGAGAUGAAUUGAUAAUCUCUGUGAUGUUAAUAUUAUAUUUCUCAGGGAGAGGGAGAAAGAGAGAGAGAAUCUAUUAUUUUUUUCAUGACUUUUUAUAUGUGACACUACGAUUUUUAAUCAUUUUUUUGUGGAAACUUUAUGCUAUUAAUUAUUCAGCGAAGGGUCUAAGUAAUGACUCGUUUAUAAUCUGUAAGAGUACUUUUCAUUUUGUUAAGAUAGGAGUAUCUACAUAAGCAUUUAAUUUUUGACAUGGAUUUAAUAUCGUAUGCUUUUUUCGUUAUUAUUUAUAAAAUUUUCUUAGAAUUUUUAUUUCUUACGAUACUGAUUUUGUUUUAAAUAAUUGAUUUACAAAAUAUCUGUAUACCUUCUUACAUUGCCAUGUAAGUUAGAUAGUGUAGCAAAUUUUCCAUGUAUCAUCACGAAGAUAUUGUUUCCACGAUAUCUUGUUUCCAUACAAAUUCUGCGCUACAUCCAUUUUUGGGUAUACAAGAUCUUUUACAAGUGAACACCGCCAGAAUGCCCCAAUCAACGCAUUCGGUCGCCACUUCGAGAUUCAGAAAAUUUAACAGCUGAGGCAUUAUCUACAAUAAGUUACCAUUACAUUAAUUGUUUGUUGGAAUUCAUUCUACAAAUAUAUGCGAUGUUUUACCUGAAA